GUUUCUUCAUACGCUUCACAGGCAAUACCCAGUACUGUGCCGAGUAUUUAUCGGAUGGCACACGGCAGAUAACAGGGCACUUAAGUGAUAAGGCGAUUCUGCAGUGUGCUCGUUGGUAGGAUGAUACCGUCAAGUACAAACAGGCUCGGUGCCGCUCAACGGUGUGGUCGUGGUGGUGCUGGUGGCCGGCCUUUUCCCCUGGGUCGGCGGACCGCUGUCAUCGUCAAGGCGCAAUCUUGGAUAGAUGCCGCAUUCAAAAAGCUACAGAGCAAGGUGCAGGAGCGGCUUCCAUACCCUGGCGUGGUCGCCGGAGCCACGCCUGCUGCGGGGCCCUCCACCGCAAAUGAGCCCCUGCGAGCUCCUGCGGCUGCUACAGAUGACGCCCCCGCGGAGCCCGGCGCGCCGUCUACGUCCUCUCGUGGGCCCAGCCUCAUCCGCGCGGCCGUGUCUCGCCGCUCCCUGCGGCCCGCCCCCCGCGAGCAAGUGGCGCUGCCGCCCACCUUCUUCCGGCUGUCGCCCUCGCUGCUGGUGCUGCUGGACCCCGCACACGACCGCCUGCUGUACAUAGUGGGAGUGGACGAGCAGGAGGAGGAGCAGCAGUGGGCGGAGGCGUCUGUGGAGGCGGAGGCGGCGGCGGGGGCGGUGCAGGGGCCAGUGUCGCAGCUGGGGGAGCACCAACUGCACCUGCAGCUGACGCCCUCGGCAGCUGCCGGGGCGCACGGCGGCGCGGCUCACCGGCGGAGCAAGGCAGCAGCUCGGGUCCGGUCGCUGGUGGCGGCUGCGCUGGUGCCGUACGUGCACAUGGCGGGACUGUCGCGGCGGGCGCGAAGGGCCAUACUGCGGGAGCUCCCUGGCGGCGCACCGGCGGUGUCCCGUGUGCCGCUGCCGCCCCACCUGGAGCCCGACGGCGCGGACACCGACACCGACUGCUCCGGGGGCCGGGGCCGUGGCGGCAGCAGCAGCGCCGGCGGCACGGCGGCAUCAGAGCGGGAUGCGGGUGCAGCUGCAGUGGCGGCGGGCGGUAGUGGCGGCGGCAGUGUGCUGGAAUACCUGUACGGCUCACGCGAGGGGCCACAGUGGGAGGAGAUGCGGCGGCGGCGCCAGGCGCAGCGGGAGGACCCGUGGGGCGCGGCGGCUGAGGAGGAGGCGGCGGCAGCGCUGGCGGCCGCGGGCACGGAGGCGGGCGCGGAUGGCGCUCCACGCGACUUGCCGGAUGAGGCGCAGUCGAGGCGCAAGCGCGACAAGGCGCUCAUGGACUGGCGCAGGGUGUCGUGCUCGUCGCGUGCGGCCCGACUGCGCGAGGAGCGCUCCCACGCCUACCGGCUUCAGUGGCUGCUGUCCGACCUGCACUCCUUCAGCGCCGCCACCGCCGUGCCCUUCACGCCCGACCUCAUGUUCCUGCGCAACAGCCUGGUGGACUCCAUGGCCACUGACCGCACGCAGCAGAUGGAGGACACGGCCCAGUUGGAGUACGAGCACGUGGACCUGGACCAGCUGGACAGGCAGCAGGCGCGGGAGGCGGCGGCGGCCAGGGCGGCGGACGACAGCACGGCGGCGGCGGCGGGCGGCACGGCAGCGCCGGGCGGCAAGGGCAAGGGCCAGGGCCAGGUGUCGGCUGCCGCAGCUGCUGCGGUGGCGGCUGCAGCAAUGGCGGCGUAUGAGGAGGGGGACUCUGACGAUGAGGAGGAGGACGCGGAGCGCAGCGGCCGCAGCAGCCGGGCGGUGCGCAUCCCGCCGGAAAUCACCCUCAUUGUGGAGGGAGGCGACCCGGAGGUUGCGGAGGAGGAGGAGGCGGGGGAGGAGGAGGAGGACAUUGAUCUGGACCUGGUGCUGAAGGACCUCAAGGCGCUGGGGCUGGACGUGGUGGUGGUGGAGGGCGGCCGCAGCCACAGCCACAGCCACAGCGAGGACGGCGAGGACGGCGAGGCGGCGGCGGCGCAGAAGGACGCGGAGGAUGAGGACGAGGAUGGGGAUGAUGAUGCCAGUCACGACAUCUUGGCGCUGCUGAAGCAGCUGGGUAUGGACGACAGCGACAGCGAUGAGGAGGAGGAGGACCAGGAGGAGGCGGACGUGGAGGUGCAGGCUGAGGGCGGCAGUGCUGAGGCCCGGGCGCAGGGCGCCGACGCCGACAGCGGCAGCGAGGAUGAGGACGGGGCGGGUGGGGACGAGGAGGAGGCGGGCAUUGGGCUGUCGGGUCUGCCCGCCAGCACCGCCGCGGUGGUGCUGGGCAUGCUGGGCGUGCCCCAGGCCGCGGAGGCGGUGGCCCGGGUCAGUGCCGCCGGCAGCGCUGGCAUCACCAUCUUCAGCGCCCAGGGCGCCGGCAUCACCCUGCGGCCUGGACCCGGCGGCAACGUCAUCAUUGACAGCAGCAUCACCACCAGGAGCAGCAGCAGCAGCAGCAGCAGCAGCAGCGGCAGCAGCAGCACGGGCGUGGAUGCCGGCAGCAGCGGCACUGGCGGUGGCGGCGGCAGCACCAGCGGCUCCACCGGCCUGGGCUUCCCCCCUCUGCCCCUGUCCUUGUCCCUGGAGGGGCACGACCCGCGGGAUGACGCCUUCAACCUGGACAUACCCUUCUCGCCCGGGCCGCUGGGCUGGACCGUGGCGGUGCGCGCGCGCUACUAUCUGGACCCACACGUCAACCCGCAGCUGGGAGCCGGAGGCGGCAGUAGCAGCGGCAGCGGCAGCAGCGGUGGUGAGCAGGCGGGCGGCAGCAGCAGCAGCACCGCCGGCGCCGGCGCCAUGGGCAGUAGCGGCUGGGCGAGCGGGUUGGCACGGCGUGACCCGCUGGCGGACUCAGCACGAGGUGAGGCCCAGCACCAGGCCGACCAGCAGCAGACCCAGCUGGACAGGCAGCGGCUGGAGGCGGUGUGGCGCAGGGGCAGCAGCGGCGGCGGCGGGGGGAGUGGUGAUGCCCUGACGGCAGGCGGUGAGCCGUCUGACGCGGCGGCAGUGGCGGCGUCCGGGGACACUCCGGGAGGGCCACUCGCCCCGCAGGCGCCUCGGGGCAACACGGCGGGUGGCCAGCAGGAGCAGCCUCAGCUGCCCCAACUACAGCCGCCCGCCGCUGCGGACGCCGCCUCAGGCGAGGCUGCUGCUGCGGGCUGCGGCGGCGGGGGUAGCCUGGAGGAGGACUGGGAGGCAGCGGAGACGGCCGCCGCUGCAGCCGCCACCACCACCGGCCGUGCGCGGCGGGGUGCUGCGGCGGUGCCCACUGACCGCCUGGUGCGCCCCUCGCGGCGGCCAGCAGCACCGGCAGUGGCGGCUGAUGGCACCGACACUCCCGUGGCAUCCAACCCCGCUGCUGCGGACGCUGUGGAUGCAGAUGCUGGCACGCAGCCUGUGCCCCAGUCGCUUGCGGCGGCCAAGGCGCCUGACAACACCAGCGGCCAUGAGGCGUUCGUGGCGAGCACGCGAACCAGGCGGGGUGCGGUUCCGCCUGCACCCGCACCCGCCACUGGUGCGGCCCAGCCCGACGCAGUGGCUUCCGCGGACGCGGCUGACGCGGCCGACCAGCAACUGGAUGGACCUGCAGAGGCUGAGGCUGAGGCCCAGCAAGCAGGCAACGGCAGCGGCAACAGCGGCACUGGUGCCGGCAAGGAAGGCGCUGGCGUGCGCAUGCGCCUGACCGGCAGGUCCCGCAUGGUCCGGCGGCCGCGCAGCAUGCAGCCGCCAGUGCGCGCCCGCGGCAGCCCUGCUGCUGACCCUGUCAGUUCAAAUGCAGAGACCGGCAGUGGCAGCGGCGGUCCCAGCAGCAGCCCAGCGGCGGGCGCCGUGCCUGCCCGUGAGCCUGUGCCCAUCCCCGCUUACUUGAACACGCUGCGUGCCGCCGGGAGCUCGGCCGCAGGGCUCGCCGGCGCCCCAGGCAGUGGCGCCACGCCGCCGCCCACCCCGGUGGCCGGCGGCGUGCUGGGCCUGACUGUUGAGAACAUGCAGGGCUUCCUGCUGGGGCACACCGGGCGGCCCGGCACCCCCGAGGAGGUGGCGGACCUGACGCGGGCGGUGGCGCAGGCGGCGGAGGUGGAGGCAACGUUCGGAGCAACCGGCCCCUCCGGCCUACCCGCAGCGGCGGGCGCCAUGCUGGCUGGCGGCGGCGUGCCUCGGCCUGAGACGGGGCCGGGCCGCAGUGGCGGCGCAGCAGCAUCCGCCUCCGCCAGCCCCGCCAGCAGGCAACAACCUGGCCGACCGCAGCAGCAGCAACAGCAGCAGCAGCCACGCCUGACGUCCGCGCCCCAGCCUCCGACGCACCACCAACAACAGCACCAGCACCAACAGCACCAGCAGCGGCUGCCGGAUCCGCCGCCGCUGCGUCACGUGUGGAAGCACAAGUCGCUGGCGCAAGCGGUGGAGGUGCACGGCGGCGGGGACAUGGGCUUCAGCCCGGUGCGCUGGCUGCGGCCGGGCGCUAGCCCGCGCGACCCCUACGUGUACAAUGAGCGCACCAGCGGCCGACCUAGUGUCCGCAUCACGCCGCGCCGCAAGCGCCUGGCAGUGCCUGUGCGCGUGCUGAGGUGGGUGGCGGAGCAGCAGCGCGCAGAGGCGCUGGCCGCCGCCGCCGGUGCUGUUGGCGGUGCCGGCGGCAGCCAGGGGGUCGCCGCCACUGCCGCCACGGCGCGCGCCGCCGAGCUGGCGCACACGGACGCGGCGGCUGCGGCGAUGCUGGCUGCGGCGCCCCUGGCGUACGAGGCGGCCCUGUCUGGGUUCUGGGUGCGGCGGCUGGCGGGCAGCGACCAGGGCGUGGAAGUGCGCAAGCCGCACCUGCCCGAGAUCUCCCGACACGACAAGGAGCUGAGGGCUGCGCUGCUUCCGCGGGACCCGGAGGCCGGAGGCGGGGCAGGCACUGGCACUGGCACUGGCACUGGCAUGGGCAGCGGAGCCAGUGUGCCGUCCGUGGCGGAGCAGGCCGCGGCGGCCACGGCAGCGCUGCGCCGCGCGCCGGCGCUUGAGCGCGAGCGGGCGGAGGCGGUUCUAGCGUUCCUGCGCGGCCGGCCCGGGGCUGGAGCGGAGGCGGCUGUGGCGUGGCCGGGCGGGGUGGGCGGGCCGGCGGGCAGUACCGGGCUGCCGGGUCUGGUGCGGGGGCGUGACGCGGUGGUGGCGGCGCCGCGGCAGCUGCUGGACGUGCUGGCGGGUGCCUGGCAGGUAGCUGAGGAGCCUCUGAUGCACCCGGACGUGCUGCGCAGCAGGCGGAGGGCGGCGGCGGCCAGGCGGCGCGGCGGCGCUUAGUGAUGGGGGCGGCGUAAAUGGCGUGAGCGGCGGGCGUGGCUCGCAGGCAGCGAAGGAGGAGAAUGGUAUUCGGUACACGAGGGCCAAAGCGGCGGUUGACUGCAUACGCAACGUUGUUUGCAACCGCAAGCAAUAUACAGGCAAGACUGGACGCAGGAUUGUAAGGCUUCCGGCGCUGUUUGUUGUGACUUCGCCGUGUGUAGCCCAAAAGUAUGUGCUGUUGGCUGUUCGGUGUUCGGCCGAUUUUUGGUUUUGAAUGCUUUCAUGUCGAGCGUCCCGAAGACCUCAGUGCUUUUUGUUGUGUGAGAGACGAGUUUGUACAUUAGUGACAGUGCGGAGAGUGUGGAGCGACAAAAGAAUGGUGCGGGAACCGCCAUGCACAAAGCACGCGGCGAUGAAGACAUCGCCUGGGCAACCCGACAGGUCUCAGGCCCUCCGGGCUCCGGCCAUGGCAGAACAGGCACAGGGUUGUGGAGGCUGUUGCCUUUGCAAACUGUAAAGAUUGCCAAGC